GCUUCCUCUUUCCUGAACAAAACCAGUGCCCAGGACAUGUGGUAUGUUCUGAUUGGAAUCCCGGGACUGGAAGCCUUGCACACCUGGAUCUCCAUCCCUAUCUGUUUCAUGUACAUUGUGGCUGUCACAGGCAACAUCUUCCUGGUCUUCCUGAUUAUGACUGAGCGCAGUCUCCAUGAGCCUAUGUAUCUCUUUCUCUCCAUGCUGGCCCUAGCAGAUCUCCUGCUUUCCACAGCCACAGUCCCCAAGAUGCUGGCCAUCUUCUGGUUCCAUUCUUCAGACAUAUCAUUUUGUGGCUGUGUGUCACAGAUGUUCUUCAUACAUUUCAUCUUUGUGGCUGAAUCUGCUAUUCUCUUGGCCAUGGCAUUUGACCGCUAUGUGGCCAUUUGUUACCCACUGAAAUACACCACAAUCCUUACCUCCACGGUCAUUGGGAAGAUUGGCAUAGCAGCUCUGGUCCGGAGUUUACUCAUUUGCUGUCCAUUCAUCUUCUUGAUAAAUCGACUCUUAUAUUGUGGGAGAAAAAUCCUUCCCCACUCCUACUGUGAACACAUGGGCAUCGCCAGGUUGGCUUGUGACAAUAUCAAUAUCAACAUCAUUUAUGGCCUGACAAUGGCUCUAUUGUCCACAGGGCUGGAUGUAGUACUGAUUGUUAUGUCUUACAUGAUGAUUCUUCACACAGUGUUUCAGAUACCUUCCUGGACGGCCAGACUUAAGGCUCUUAACACAUGUGCUUCCCACAUCUGUGUCAUCCUUAUUUUCUAUACACCAGCCUUCUUUUCAUUUUUUGCCCACCGCUUUGGAGGUGAAACCAUCCCCCGUCACAUCCAUAUCUUAGUGGCAAACCUGUACGUGGUAGUCCCCCCUAUGCUUAACCCCAUCAUUUAUGGUGUGAAGACUAAGCAGAUUCAAAAUCGAGUGGUUUUGAUUUUCUCCUCUGUGAUUACAAGUUGUUAA